AUGCUUAUCUUUCUUAUUCCCUUCCUCAUGCAUCUCUCUCUCUCUCUCUCUCUCUCUCUCUCUUUUCACCGCAUUUCUUAUUCUUAUUUCUCUUUAUUAUUAUAUUUAUCUUUUGUUCAUAUCUAUCUAUCUAUCUAUCUAUCUAUCUAUCUAUCUAUCUAUCUGUGCCACUCGAUCCAUAUCUAUCUUUUUUCAAUACGCCUUCUUUUUACCGACCCUUAUCUUUAUUACUUUCCUCCUCUCUUAUACGCCUUUCUUUCUUUCUUUCUUUCUUUCUUUCUUUCUUUCUUUCUUUCUUUCUUUCUCUCUCUAUCUAUCUAUCUUUCUCCUCCCUUUGUCUCUAUCCUCUCUCUCUCUCUCUUCUUGUUUACUUAUUUCCUCUCACCCCGAAAAAAUCUCUAUGCAUCUUUUUACUGUUUUCAUUCAUUUCAUAGUAUUGAGAGCAUUUUUAGCACUGUUAGCCGGGUACUAGGUGAAGAUCGAACUCACGGCACGAGUUGCACGUUUUUUUUAUCCUUAUCUGUCUUAAUAUACUUAUGUCUGUCUCUCUCAGUUUACAGAUGUCUCUCUCUCUCUCUCUCUCUCUCUCUCUCUUUCCUCCCUCUCUCGCUCUCUCUCGUCUCUCUCUCUCUCUCUCUCGCCUCUCUCUCUCUCUUUCACUCCCUCUCUCUCUCGCUCUCUCUCUCUCUCUCUCUCUCUCUCUCUCUCUCUCUCUCUCUCUCUCUCUCUCUCGCUCUCUCUCUCUCUCUCUCUCUCUCUCUCUCUCUCGCUCUCUCUCUCUCUCUCUCUCUCUCUCUCUCUCUCGCUCUCUCUCUCUCUUUCACUCCCUCUCUCUGUCUCUCAUUGUUCAUUUAUCUCAUUCUAUCUUACAUUGAACAUGUCUAUCUCUUUCAAUCUGUUUAUGUAUUCAUCUCUCUCUCUGUCUGCUCGAAUUUCUAUAUCUGCAAAACUGCUUUUAUCUCUCUCUCUCUCUUUCAACUUUCUCUCUCUCAAUCUCUGUCCCCAUGUUUCUCUCUCUCUCUCUCUCUCUCUCUCUCUCUCUCCUCUCCUCUAAAUAUACUUUUAUUUCACUUUUAUAAUUCUCUCAGAUUUUUUCCAAGCUGUACACUCUCUCUCUCUCUCUCUCUCUCUCUCUUUCUCUCUUUUCGUCUGUUCAUAUCUUCCAGUCUGCUCACAUCUCUUUUAAACUUCGAUCAUAAAAUUUCAUAUAUUCCAUCUAAUUCUGUUUUUAUCUAUCUCUCUCACGCUCUAUCUAUUAAUCUUUGUACGCUUCCCUAUCUCAAUCUAUUUCAAUAUCUAUCUAUCUAUUUUACGCUCUGUAUCAAUAUUUCUAUCUAUCUUUCAAUUAUUUCAAUAUGUUCAUAUCUAUCUAUCUAUCUAUCUAUGUUCAUAUCUACCUAUCCAUCCAUCUCAGCCUGUUCAUAUCUAUCUAUCUAUCUAUCUAUCUAUGUUAUCUAUCUAUCUAUCUAUCCAUCUCAGCCUGUUCAUAUCUAUCUAUCUAUCUAUCUAUCUCAGUCUGUUCAUCUAUCUAUAUCAUAUCUAUCUAUCCAUCCAUCUCAGCCUAUUCACAUCUAUCUAUCUAUCUAUCUAUCUAUCAUUCUAUUCUAUCUAUCUAUUUCAGUCUGUUCAUCUAUCUAUCUAUCUAUCUCAUCUAUCAUAUCAUCAUCUAUCUAUCUAUCUCAGUCUGUUCAUACCCAUCUAUUUCAGUCUGUUCAUCUCAUCUAUCUAUCUAUCUAUCAGUCUAUCCCAUUCUAUUCAUAUCUAUCUAUUUCAGUCUGUUCGUAUCUCAUCUAUCUAUCUAUCUAUCUAUCUAUCUAUCUAUCUAUCUAUCUAUCUAUCUAUCCCAUUCUAUUCAUAUCUAUCUAUUUCAGUCUGUUCGUAUCUAUCUAUCUAUCUAUCUAUCUAUCUAUCUAUCUAUCUAUCCCAAUCUGUUCAUACCUAUCUAUUUCAGUCUGUUCGUAUCUAUCUAUCUAUCUAUCUAUCUAUCUAUCUAUCUAUCUAUCUAUCUAUCUAUCUAUCUAUCUAUUUAUCUAUCUAUCCCAAUCUGUUCAUACCUAUCUAUUUCAGUCUGUUCGUAUCUAUCUAUCUAUCUAUCUAUCUAUCUAUCUAUCUAUCUAUCUAUCUAUCUAUCAAACGAUUCCACAUUUUCUGAUUUUUGUUUUAAUUCCCAAGAGUUACGCAUUUAUUUUUCCUCCCGUUUAUUCGACAGAUCUUCAUCACACUUUACUCGCCUGCAAACACUUCCUGUGUCUAUUCUCUCUCCAAAUAAAUAUCUCAGCCACAUUUUCUCCCACAUUCCCAGUUAGUUUGGCAAGAACGGCGCAAGUACUUACCAACCUUUUAUACGCCAAUUUUUUUUUUAACUCUUUCUUGCUUUUCAUUCCCAGCAUAUUAUCCAACUAUAUAAGAUCUCUCCUACUCUCUCUCUCCCACUCUCUCUCCCUCCCUCCUCUCUCUCUCCUCUCUCUCUCUCUCUCUCUCUCUCUCUCCUUAUAUAUAUAA